UUUAAAAAAAGUCCAUCUGUGUGUACAUACAUAUUUGUGUAAACAUAUAAUAUGGAUUGGAGCGUACUUCUGGCAAUUUUUCUCCUGGCUUCCACGGCUAACAGUAAUGAUGUGCAAAAGCGAGCACUUAUCUUCCCGCCAACAUCUUUAUAUGGAUUAUUCGUCGCCAUAGCUGUGCCGUUGGAUAUACCGGACAAAAACGUAUUCGUAUCUUAUAACUUUGAGACCAACUUAUCACCAGUCACUAACAUCACGGAGAUCGAUGAAGUCUUGUUCCCGAAUCUACCUGUUAUUUCAAGACAUAGUAGGAGUAUUACCAGGGAGUUGGCGUAUAUCGUUCUAGAAACAAAAUUUAAAGAGAACGGUCUGAACGGAAGAGACUGCUUGCUGCGCAACAUCUGUGAAGCGGCAGACACUCCCUUACACCACAAUGGACUUUUGGGACAUAUUCUGCACAUUAUAUUUACUCCAUCAUCAUCAAAGGAAGAAGGCAUCGACGAUAUAUAUUACGAAGCAGAAUUAGACGGCCAGAAUGGUGACUGCGAUAAAUACUAUGAUGCCUGUCCAGUCAGUCUGUUCGAUAUGAUUACAAGACUUGUUAUAACGCCACAUUAA